AUGCCGCCAAGGAGAGCAAUGAGGGGUGAGCCGUGGUCUGAGAUAGUGGACGUGGCCGAUAGUGAGGAUUUGUCCGAUGAUUUGGCAGGAAUCGUGAUAAAGGACUCCUGCAGCUCCAGGGCAACAGGACAGUCUGGUUGUGUGAACCAACCUUGGUUGCCACGCGAAAAUGGAAUCUUGCUUCACCCUCCAAGUCCUUAUGGUCUGAUUUCCUACUGUAAUGAGCACGAGGAGAAUAUGGAGACUGAACCGGAAGAGGAUCCGGAGGAGGAUCCCGUGGAAAACCUAGAGGAAGAGUAA